GAAGUGGUACAGUCUGUCCUGCAAUCAGGUCGGGUGCGGUUUGUUAUUGUUUCUCAGAAUGACACAAAGGUGCGCGUCGGCAGGUGAUACAGGUGAAGCCCGUGCAGCUACAGGUACGCAGGUAACAGGUGCGCGGCUACAACCACGGGCACUCGGCUCCUGAGGAUGCACACGACACGCGCCUUACGGGAUAACAGAUCUUGGAGCUGAGAUGGAGCACAAGGUGUAGUCACCAAUUCUCCCAGAAGGACUUCAGUACAGAUCUUCACUGCUAUUGGAUCAGGACUUGAGAAGAUUUGUGGGUGAGGAGAGUAGAGGAAGGCCAGCCCGUGAAGACAAUGCCAUGGGGAUCGGGUGCUCUGUUCGCUCCUCCGUACCAAGCACCGACUUUGGUGAGGAUUCGCAUGAGACCCUCAGGGCUCCAUCGUCGGGUGCCUCUCCACAGGUAGGUCAACGACCUCGUCUCCGUCCACACCGCAUCAGCGCCACGUCCUCCAGCAGUGUGGCAGUGACCUUGUACGACCUUGGCAAUGGAGAGGACCCUUUCCCGCCAGAAUCACAGCAAUCCAGCCAUGCUGAGGAAACACCCCCGAUUGUGCGCCGACUGACGCUCACGACCGUGGAGAUUACCAGUCACAUUCAGACCACGGAAGUCACCAUCGCACAACCUCGUGAGCAACCCUCCCAACCUGGCCCUCAGAAAACCUCCCAGGAUGCAACAGAUCAAAAACCACCCAGCCAGCCCCAAUCCAAGGAUGCAACAGGUCUUCAAUCCCAGGAUGCCCCAGCAGGCCUGAAACAUGCUGCUGUUGCAUCAUCCACAGAGCCAAGACCCCCUAAGCCCCCACCAGCUCUGCCUGAUUUGAGAGACUUCUCUGAGAAUGAAAGGAAACUGUUGUGUGGGAGAGUUGAUGCUGAUGUUACUUUAAGGCCCAAGCUCAUCAGGGUAUAUGUAGUGUCUUGUGCAGAAGAUUCCACACAAGAAAGAGCGGUGCUGAGGGAGAGAGUCAGCCCAGCGCUGAAACAUCACUGCGGCAUGCUGGGAUACCAGUUUGAGCUGGUGGACGUGUGUGAGGGGGUGUCCGAGCAGGAGGUCAACGACCCUGAGUUCCUACAGGCCGCGCUGAGGGAGAUGGACGUCUGUAUGGAGACGUCUCUCGGACCACAGCUCGUGAUUCUGUUUGGCCAAAAGUACGGCAGGUUGAUGUGUCCCACAAGCAUCCCAACUGAGACGUUUGACAAGUUGCUGGCAGCUAUCAACAACAGUGAUGAUAAAGAGACACUCUGCACCUACUAUCGCCUUGACAACAACUCUGCUCCUCCCUCAUACCAGUUCCAACCAAUCAGGCAUGAGGAGGGAAAGAUGGACAGCUCUGAUUGGUUGAAUGUGCAGGAACGGCUUCUGAGAAUCUUGAGGGAGGGGCUUGAUGAGGAAUCAAACCUCCUUAAGUCAGCUUUGGAUCACCAGCUGUGCCACGCCUUCAGCCACCCCAAACUGCAGGCCAGUCAGGUGGCCUGGUUCACCCGCAGGCUGCUGCAGCUGGAGGAACACCUGGCCGACCCUCGGGCGCAGCACUUCCUGGACAUCCUGCCGGGGGGCGCUGUGAACACAGAUGCACAGCAGAGGCUGCAGGGUCUGGUAGAGGGAACAACAUCUCAGCUGUCAGAGGCAACCUGCAUGGCUAACAACAUUCCAUGGGCAGACGGAGGGAUAGACCCCAGAGCUAACCCUGCCCAUCAGGAGUACCUGGACUGUCUGCAGACCAGGUGUCAGGCUGACCUGACCGCCAUGGUGGACAGGGCAGUUACAGAGGCACAGGCUGAGGAGCAGGACAGCAGGCUCAAAUUUGUCAAAACUCUGAGUCUUGAGUUACAACAGCAAGCAGACUUCUGCAACACAACUUCUCAAACAUUCCACGGGCACGACAAACUCCUGAACGCGAUCGGAUCUCACCUCCGCACGGAGAACACCCUCCCAUUGGUCAUCCACGGCACGGACGGGUGUGGCCGGUCAGCGCUGGCCGCUAAGAUAGCAGAACUGGUUCCUCAUUGGCAGACAGAGAUAACAGCAUGUGUCUACAGGGCUGUUAGACUGGGACCCAGCCACUUCAGCGAGGAACAGCUGCUCUGGAGCCUGUGUGAACAGCUGAGGUUACUAUAUGGACCCAGCACCAGGAAGAUGCAAAUGGAAAUGGGUAGUCUUGCCCAGGACUUUCAAUAUUUCUUGUCUAGAGCUACACCAGACAGACCCUUGCUGCUGCUUCUAGAGGGUCAGCUACAGGGUGGGGAGGGGGGCACAUCUCUGGCUUGGCUGCCGACCUCCCUGCCUCCCAACGUCAGCAUGGUGCUUAUUGUCAAAACCACUGACAUGGAGACAGCCCCUUUCUUAAAGACUCUGCCACCUGACUGUUUCAUGGAGAUGUCUACCCUCCCUCCGGACGAGUGUAUGACCAUCGCUGACCAGCUUCUCAAGGACAACCAGAGAACUCUGUCCCCCAACCAGCGGGAGACAUUCCAGGCAGCUACCGAGAAGUGCCCCCUUCCCCUGUAUGCAACUCUGGCAGCCCAGCUUGCUACGGUAUGGAGAAGUGAUGACUGCGACGUACAGUUACCCACAGAUGUUGUUGGUUUGGUGAACCACAUGUUGGACAGGCUUGAGGCGAGACACGGCGCAGAGCUGGUAACUGCUGUGGCCAGGUACAUCACCGUGGCCAGGCACGGACUCGACCAGUCUGCUUUGUUUGGACUGUUACUACAGAACUCUGAAGUGUUGAGGUUAAAGAAGGGAACAGAGUUACACAGUGUGCCACAGAGUGUUGUCCUGAGGUUGCUGAGUGAUAUGACUCCUGUCUUGAGUAAAAGAGUGCAAGAGAGUAUGGUACUUAGAACAUGGAGGUCACACUCUAUCGCUGACAUCAUUGUCAGAAGGUACUUGGGAGCAAAAGAUGAUGUCAGAACUGCUCAUGUUCAUCUGAAGGAAUUCUAUAACAGAAUGGUAGCUACAGGGCAAGGUGCUGAUCUACACACACAUUGGGGUCUCGUGGAGUUGCCUUAUCAUACAUUCCAAACUGAAGGACAUCACAAAGCAAUCGUGGAGUAUUUUCUGAAGUUUGAUUGGCUGGCCCGUGCACUUUUUGCUGGGAACGCAACUCUCAUUGUCAGUGAUGUCAGCAUGGCAGCUCAUGCCAACCCAGACAAUAGUGACCUCUGUCUGUUAAGUGCGGUACUGCAGCAGUCAGCAGAGGCGCUGAGCUAUGAUGGCAGACAGUUCUGUGUUCAAGUCGUGGAGAGGCUGGUGGAUGUCAUGAAAUCUACUUCGAAAGACAGGUUUCCAGUGAUGUGCAAUAUGUUCAAAAGUGCAAGCGGUUCUCCCUGCAGGCAGUUCACCACUUCAAAAGUAUUCCUGAAACAAGUGGCGCCACCUAGCAGCUCAUCAGGGAAAAGCAGGAAUGGAACCACAUUUGAGAAGGCAGAGGAGGAGGAAGGGAACAGUGUGGACCCAGCUGGUGAUAUCCUGACAGGGCUGUUUGUGGUCAAAGAUGACCCAGAUCAUGUGAUCUCCGUCUCCAUAGCGACAGGUGAGAUCAGACUGUGGGACGUGCACUCCCAGACACCUGUGCAGGUGAUCCCAGGUGUGGACCAGCCGCGCCAGGUGUGCUGCAUCAACGCCCGCCAUAUUGUUGUUCUAUGCAACCGACAGCUGCAGGUGUAUGACCUUGAAGCUGGCAAACUGGAGACGACCUUGAAAGGCAUUAUGAAUGCCACCAUGCCGUACUUUGGUAUACACGACAGCGACCACGUUGUUGCGCUCUCUCGGAAUCGGAUGUACGUCAAUGUCAUCAACGUGACGAGUGGAGAUGUGGUUUCCACAUUCAAGGCUGGAGAGGACCGUUUUUUGAAUAGUUUGUUGAUCAGUUCUAACGGAGAGACGGUGGUGUGCGGGGACGAGACCCAGAAGCCCAGCCCGCUGCUCGUCUGGGACCUCAUCAACCGCAAACUGGUGCACGACCUGAGGAUCAUGGGUCACGAGUUCAACGCCAGACUGUCGGCCAUCACAAACAACGGCAAAUAUGUGGCCUCCUGUUGUAAGGAGCUGAUAGACCCGGAUGUUAGUCUAGUCAUCGUGUACGACCUGAAGACUGGACAGCUGUUCAAGAAGCUGAAGCCUGGAACAGCGGUGGUCAGCCUGGCGCUGUCUGAGGAGUCCAUGAGUGCUGUGUUGGGCUGUGGGAAUGGGCUGGUACAGGUGUGGGACCUGCUGACUGGGGCCUGUAGACAUGUUCUGGAAGGCCACACCCACCCCAUAGACACCCUCCAGCUGGCUGCUGAGGGCCGGAGGUGUCUCACCUUUGACCCUUCACACCAUGACCUCAGCAUCAGGGUCUGGGACAUUAUGGAAGGUCAGUGCCUGGCUGUCCUGACUCCUGACCAACCAAUCAGCUGCUGCCAAAUCAUGGCUGAUGGAGAGAGAGUUGUGAUUGGUCUACAGGGCAGAGAUGACAUCAUCACUUUGGAACUUCAAUCUUCAACAUCAUCUGAUCAGCUCCCUUAGAAAUUGUAACAUAAGAAUAGCACGUUGCCUAUUGUUGUGCAAGGCAGACAUUGUUAUUUUUUAAUUGCACAUCAGCUGGGCUGAUCAGUGAGACCACUAGGUAACAACUUGUAUUGUAAAGUUGAUGAUUUAUAGGAGCUGUAAAAUUAUGUUAGGUGAUGUACAAAAAUUGUGCCAAUAGUUGUCAUUGAAUAGGACAGAAUUUUGUGUAGACCAAGAUUUUUGAAAAGAUCUUUUUCAUGACAGUGUCAAAUAAGAGCAAACAAUGUCGAGUCAGGCAAAAAAUCCCUUGGAAAUUUCUUUUUAUAGUGGUAAAAAAUACAAUGAAUAGGGAUAUCCUUUUUGUAUUGAUGAACAUCCUACUGUAUAUUGUCUUCAUGGUAACAAACAAUAAGAGGAUUGUAAAUAUAUGUUUUUAAGUGUAAGAGUUCUUAUAAGAAUUUUUCUCUUUCAUAAAGGGUGGCAGAAUGUUUCUUUAUUUAAGGCCUGGUCAGUUGUUUAUGUGUAAUUCUGAUCUUCAGUGAAAAACAUCAUUGGGAACAAAUUUGUGCUAUAGAUCACAAUUAUGAACAGACCUGGGGUAUUUGUGUGACAAUCACGUAUGUAUGAAAAAGAAAAUAAGACAAGGAAGUUUAAGAAUACAUGUAUUACAUUUUGAAAACAAAAUAAUGUCACCCAAAUCACUAUCCCAGAAAAGGAUUCAUACCAGUAGUUGUAACUGUGCUAUAUGUAAGGAUUCCAGCUUAUUUCAAUUUUCCUACCAACUGUCUGGUAGUAAAGAAACUGUCAUUUUACACAUUUGAUAGGUGACAUCACUCUCUGUAAUGCUGAUAAUUCAAACAGACCCUUUGGGCAUCUCAUAGCCAGUCAAACAGGGCAGCUAGCACAUUACAAAAAGAACAUUCUUUUACACUAGCCUUGUGUAUCUAUUCUCAUGAACAUGUAAUGUAGUUCAUGUCAUCUGGACCAAAGGUCAUGUGGUGUUCAAAGCUGGCUAGAAAGUACUUACUAUUAGACAGAUUUUCUCUGAUAAAUUCCCAAGUUGUGAAGCAAUAAUUGAUAUUGUGAAAUUCCAGUUUUGCAUGUACAUACACAGACCGUGAUACGAGUGUAGACUGUUACAGCUAAGAUACACACUUCUUUGGCCAUUCUUCAAUUUGCUUUUUAAAAAUUUUAUGUAGAAUUCCCCAAUUAGCCACCCUGAGAAAUAAUUUCAAAGUAGGAUGUCAAGUGAGAAUCUCCAAGCAAAUGUAAGCUCUGGUAUGUUUGUAUCUUUAAAAACUGUACAUAUGAUACAUGUGACAAACAGUCAUCUAUGGCCAAGGUCGAGGAUCAUCUCUGUCAGCAUAAUGUUGCAUAGAAGCGUUUGUGCUUGAUGUAUUGACGUGGUUUGUAUUGUGUUUGUGCCAAAAGAAAUAACAUUCCAGCUCAAUCAUAUCGCCAGAUCGAUAUACGAACAUAUGU